AUGAGCAACAAACGCAAUAUCAAAACUUUGAUAAAACUUUGUUCCUUUGCACAGUUCUAUUUUGACCCCCUUGAGCUUCCUAACAUGCUUCAAGAGUUUCUCCCCUAUUUCACAACCUCAUUUACCGAAGGAGCCUUUAUUGUAGUAGGGCUCAUGAACUUGUUCGUGUCCACAGCACCAGCGCCUCCAGAAAGGCUCGAUUUACUCCCACAACACUACCUUCCAACAUAUUUCCACCUUUGGUCCCUGGUAAACCGCUCUAGGACAUUUGAUAUGAGUUUCCUAGAUAUUCUAUCUCGAUUAGCUCGCGAUUCUCUCCCUGCUAAACAUAUUCCAUUUUCUGAAUUCGGAAUUUUCACCGAGGAACAAACUUCCCUUAUUUUCACUGCUAUCCUGAGGCUGCUUGAAAUUCCAGUCGGGCAGGCAACGUCUUCCUACAGCGAGGUAGUUGACGUGUCUGCUGGAUUGGCCAUAAUGCUUGAUCGGGAUUCAAGAAACCAUCCAGUCACUCAUGACAUUGCCAGAUGGACUGUCAUGUCUCUCUCUCCAGCCUGUGCAGAGUCUAAAGACUCGCUACUUAGCAGGCUAGAGGGCCUGAUACAAGCUGUGGAAACAUUUUUCCACCCUUCGAAUUCAGGAUCAUGGACAAGGACCCUCUCAGAGCUGGUUAACUACCUUGCAGACUUCUUUGUCAUGCGUUGGAACCGGGAACGAAACGGAGAAAUGGAAGUUCCCCCAGAGAGACGGUUGAAUGAUGCAGUUAAACGCCGAUUUGUAUUAUGCCUGCGAGAUGUGAUAUUCAUGGGUAUCUAUGCUAAAAGUGGUACGGCCAUGAACUUCUCUCUCUCGACCCUUCAAUCCUUGGCAUAUCUAGAGCCAAACCUCAUUCUACCGGGAGCUUUGCAACGAAUCUACCCAUCUAUGCAAGGCCUCGUAGAGGUCCACAGAACUGCGUCCUCUCUCCGUUCCUUGCAGGUCUUGUCAAGAAUCAUGGUGCGGACAAAAGGGUUCCGCUGCCAUAUUACCACCUUGCUAGGUUUGGCUUUACCUGGAAUUGACGCAAAUGAUUUGGGCAAAUCACUGCAUUCCCUUGCAUUUAUCCAGUCUGUGUGUUAUAAUAUACCCUUUGAAGACCUCACAAAGGGCUGUGAUGAUGUUAAUGGGAACAUGCUUGCCGUGGAAUGGGUUACUGGAGAGUUAGAACGCAUGGAAGAGCAAGGUGCCUCUGUUGAAAUGAACUACGACACUGAGCUCUCUGAUGAAGAUGAAGAAAAGAUAUUACGUUCGUCCACCACGGAAUUUGGCGAGUUUCUCAUCUCGUUCCUUGGCCGUGUUUUCACACUGCUAGAGAACUUGCCUGAUGCAGCGCGAGUACGCAGUGGCUCCCCUGAAGAGAACGUCCUCAACACCUUGCCUGCCACUUUUCUACCUCUUCUAUCUACCCUUUCUCCAGAGUUAUAUGACAUAGCUCUGAAUAAAAUCGUAAACUUUGUUUCUGAUCGGGUCAUUCACCAAGCACGAGAUGCAAUGGCUUUCAUUUGCAAUUCUCUGUGCAAGGUCAACCCUGAAAAAGCACUAAAGCGCUUCAUUCCUUUACUCAUUCGAAAUAUCCGCACCGAAAUUGAUGAAAAUGGUGCAGCAUCUACAAGAACAACAGGAAGUGAUGUUUUGCCCCGCGAUCGGGGCCUGGUAUGGAAUAUCAGUAUGCUGAGCAUGUGUGUAGUCCAUGUCGGGGAAGCCAUUUUGAAAUAUAAACAAGACCUCCUCGACAUCGCACUGUACAUGCAGCGAAAGUGCAAGGGUAUCCCUACCAUUCAUAUUUCGAAUUUCAUUCACCAUCUUCUCCUGAACCUUACCAUGACUACCAUUGUGGACUACAGUAUGUACGAACCGCAUCUAUACCCUAAAGGCAUUCAGGUUGAGCAAUGGGGCCAGAGACAAGACCUAAGCAAACUUAGCGUCAACUGGCAUGUUCCACGACGAGAAGAAAUAGAGUUCGCUGUUGAACUAUUUACAUCUCAGGUGGAAGCCGCAUUGUCUUCCUUGACGUCCCUGAUUAGUGACACACCAAGCAUCAAACGUGACGGCAGUGGCAAAGAUUGGUCAGACGAAGUGACGAGGAAUAUCGUACUACUCAGGCUAAUUAUAGCUGGAGUAUCGGCAUUAUUUGAUAACAGGGCAGCUUCAAAAUGCCGUGAAAGCGAGGUUCCUGACCAAGGUGGUGCAUACGUUUCCCGAGAUGAAAAUACGUCCACCAAAGAUGAAGAGGCAACUGAUGACGUCGACUCCUCUUUGGACAUUUCUGAGGAAUCUGCUAUCCGUCCUUCUUAUCAGUACCCAGCUGGUUAUCUUUUAACAAAGGAUGACCCUCUCUAUACUGCCAUUCACGAAAUUAGGGAACGAAUUGGCCAUGUUCUACAUAAUGUUCACAGGUUCUUGGUUGAUAAGCAAGAGGAUGAUGUAGCAUGCUUCUCCUCACUGUACACUGCUUAUCGGUGCUGGUUUAUCGACGUUGGUAUUGAGCGGUCUGCUCACCUGCUGGACCGUGUUUCAAAAUUAUACGGUGCUGAUAUUCACCCGUACAAAAUGAGCGGCAUAAGGAAGGAUUACCCUCGCCCGUUACUUGUACGCCGAGCAUAUGUGUAUCAUCUGCAACGGCUCCGUCACAAUGCAGCUCCUAGGCCACGGUCAAAGCUGGAUACAGUCCUUCUUCUUGACUUAGCUGAGUCUAGUGUAUCAAUUUACACUGAUAUUAGACGAAAUGCCCAGUCAGCUUCGGAAUCAGCACUUCGCUCUAUCUGGGGCUCGCGAGUUCUUCUGAUUCGUCCGCUGAUCAAGGCCUACCAGAUGGCUCUGAAAGCCAAUGAAAUCCCCCGUAUUCAGGGCGCGAUUUAUUCCCUGAUGUAUAGCAGUUUGGCUAAACCAGUGGGUCGUCAUUGGAAGUACACUCCUGCUCUCAUACGGGCAUUCCUUGACACCACCGCUGUCGACAAACCAUCCAUCCAAAAACUCUGCAGUGGUUCACUCUUCCAAAUCGUUGAGUACGGACAUACGACAAAUAGAAUGGCUAUUCUUGACCAGGAUAUCAUCAGAGCGAUUGUCCCCACUGAUGAAAUUAUGGCGUCCCAGAUUGAAGCAAAACGGAAAUCCCUUGAGAAGAAGUGGCAUUCUGUUGAGAAGAGAAAGCUUGAAAUGGCAGAGGAACUCGUUGAGUUGGCCAAAGCAUCGCACUGGAAGAAGACAAUUAGAACAUCUGCAAUUGCCUUUACCUUGGGGCUACGUUUUGAUCACAUAGCCAGUGAGAACUUAAUCGAGCUUAUCAUCAAAGGCUCCGUGGACUCUCACCCAGGCCUGCGUUGGAUGUAUGCGCAGUCGUUGACUGCACUUUUCACCAUCAUUGAAAUCAGGGCCAUUUGCCAUCAUAAUUACAGAGACUAUAUCCUCGGGAAUUAUUGCCUCCCAUCAAAAAUACAAGUCCCGACGAAUCCUGAAAACCCCAAUUGGACGGCUUCCUACCUUGCAAGCUUCGCAAAUCCCGAAGCGGAGUAUUAUAUCGACCAUGACCACCCUGGGUUCUUAGUUUGGAGUAAGACAAUGCCGGCGUACAAAGCCAGUGUCGAAACUGAUAUUGUUUUUGACUCACUUGAAUGGGAGAUCCGCAAAUUUAUGGGAAAGCUCUUCACCCGGGAGUGGAUUUCGACCUACUUCACAUAUCUUAAACAAGAGCCCAGAGAUGCCUCUACUGAUAAGUUCCGGAUGUCUACUUCUUCACUGCUCGUAUACAUAUUCCAACUUCUGCUGCGCGAUGAACUCACUGCAGUUACCUUCCAGGAAAUUAAGAAGGAAAUAGAGAUCGUCUAUGAAGAUGGCAGUGAUAAGCAUCAACAUCGUGCCACAGCCGAAAUAUUGGCUGGUCUUGUAUGCUCAGCGACUGAUAUCAAAGUCCAGAAGCGUACAGAGAUAUGGGAAUACGCCUUUGGUUUCUUCCAAAAGAUAUUUUCCGAUGCACUCACUCCUGAAAACUCUGACUAUUGGUCCAGCUGCCUUCGAAUGAUUAUGCAAUGUAGGGACCCUCGCCGCUCCUGGCCUUUGGUGGAUUGGCUAUCUAGUUUCCGCCUGGAUAUGACUUCCAAUGCUGCCUUCAAGGAGAGUUCGAAGAUCAACUUACUCCAGCGAUGCAUCGUGGAUUCCGGUUGGCAUUUCCAACUCGAAAAGCCCAUUCUUAGGGACUUUUUAGCUCAUCUUGACCAUCCGUACAAGGGAGUCCGUGAAGCAAUGGGUAAUACGCUUGCUUGUAUAUACCGAACACGAUACCACGAGUCAUAUGCAAGCGUUGACCAGUUGAUCGAACACCAGAAGAAAACUUCAUCAACCGGCAGUCGUGCCUAUAAACCGACUGAUGAGUUCGCGGCUACGAUUACUGAAGUCUUUGAUCGGAUUGAACAGUGGCGGCACCAGAGGCAGCCUGGCCAACAAACUCCCUCCUCCUACACAUCUGGCUAUAAGACAGUCUUGCUAUGGCUUGAUUCGACAUUGUAUUCUUACGAAUGCACUCAGCUCGUGCAAUUUUUCCCCGACUUGUUCACAGAGCAACUUCUACAUAUGAUGGACGUUAAAGAAGACCCCGAGCUGCAAUCUCUAGCAUACCACGUCUUCCGUCAUCUUCCUAACAUUCCACAUCCCAGUGGUGAAGAUACCGACUUCAUCAAUUCUCUUAUCCGAAUUGGCCGCACCUCUCCGUCAUGGCAUCAACGUCUCCGUGUCAUGAUCAACAUGCAAAUAAUAUACUUUAGGAGAUUGUUCUUGUUAUCCAAGAAAGAUCGUGAGAACCUUUUUGAAUGUGUUGCCAGUAUGCUUUCCGACACACAGCAUGAAGUUAGGGCGGGGGCAUCCGCAACACUCUCUGGCAUGGUCCGAUGCUCACCUGUGGCUCUGCGGCAAGAUAUGGUCAUGAAGCUGCUUGACCGGUUCACAACUUCUCUUAUUCAACAUCCCUUACCCAAGAAGCGGAGAAUAAUCUCAUCAGGAUUCUCCUCCGCUACAUCUACUGGUGCAAAUACUCCUACUCCGGAACAUACCAAACUUAUCAUCACACGCCAUGCUGCUGUUCUAGGUGUAGGAGCUCUGAUUCAAGCUUUCCCAUACACCAGCCCCCCACCAAGCUGGAUGCCUGAUGCAUUGACAACCCUUAGUACGAAGGCUGGUGGAGACCCUGGCGUUGUUGGACAAAGUGUGAAAACGAUAAUCAGUGACUUUAAAAAGACUAGGCAGGAUACAUGGCAUAUAGAUGUUAAAGUAAGUCUAUAUGUAAACUCGAUUUACCCUCUGGAUUUGAUACUAAUACGUUUUGCUUAUUAG